AAAGUUGCUCUCUCGUUCAGUCAUCGUUGCGCUGUGAAAGUGGUCACAGACGAUAAGAUAAGGCGAUAAGAUGCGGUCUCUCGUCAUGCUGCCGUCCUUGUGUCUCCUCCUCUGCCUCGUCACAUUUCAAAUCGACGCUAAACCAAAGAUCCCUUGGUGGCAGCUUAAAGUCACCAGGGCCCAAGGACCCAACGCCUGCAUCGUGGAAGAAAUCCCAGACCUUGGGAAAAAGUAUUACACGGAAUGCAAGUACUGGCCAGAACGGAAAGUUUGUGGGCGUGACACCGUGAUCCGAUACGAAUGUUGCGAAGGGUACAAGCAGCGUCAGGGAGAAGAGGGAUGCACGGGAGUCAAGCCACUCAAGAACGUGCUGGAAACGGCACGAGAUUUGGGCGCUACGCGAUUCGUGAAUUACUUGGAAGAAUCAGGCCUCGGUCGUGAGCUGGCCCAAGAGGGCACCUUCACGCUCUUUGCCCCCGUGGACGCCGGCUUCGAGGGCUACUACGGGAAUUCAGUGGCCACCAAGAUCCAGUCGUUCAGAAACUCGGGCUACAACCCGGUGCUCAAUUACCACGUGUCGGAGAGGAAACUCCCCUCGAAAGACUUUUCCGGAAACACUGAACUCAACUCCAUGCAUGAAAACAGAACUCUGAGAAUUAGCAAAUAUUCAACCGGGAUGGAAGCCGUAAACUGCGUCCUCAUUUCACGCAAGGACCAAGAAGCGUCGAACGGAAUUGUGCAUAUGAUAGAUUCUCCUCUCGAUCCAACCCUGUGGAUGCAGCAGGAUGUAGUCCAAGUCAUUGCUCAGGAUGGACGCUUCGCCAAAAUGUCGCAGGCCAUCCAGCGUUGCGGUUUUGCUUCGCGGCUACGCGAGAUUGGGAAAACCUUCACCGUUUUAGCCCCCAGUGACGAGGCUUUUCUUAAAAUUCCACCUGCACGAUUCGAAAAGAUGGUCAACGAUCGGGCAUCCUGCAUCGCACUACUUGAAAACCACGUGGUUCCACACGUAAUGUGUACACCAGUGAUUACGGAAGAGUACAAGGCACGCUCCAUUUCCCCGUCGGGUCGUCUGACCUUUGACUGCGACGAGAAGGGUCAUUCAGUGGAAGGGAAGAAACUCAGCGGAGAAUUCAUCCUGGGCCAGAAUGGGAUCGUUUACAUGGUGGACGAUGUUCUCAUCCCGGACAGAGCUCGCACGCUUCUCGAACUUGCUGAAUCUCGAGGAAUGACGACUUUCGUCCAUCUCGUCCGCGUGGCAGGAUUGGAAGACACGUUCAACACUUUUGGAGACUACACGCUCUUUGCUCCCAGCGAGUCUGCAUUUUUAGAAAUGGACGGUGAAUUGUUGGAGGAAGCGCGACGGAACUCGGACUUGGCUCGAAGCAUCAUUCUCUACCACGCCACCCAGAGUCGCAUACUCUCAAACACCAUCAAGAACAACCAGAACGUCAUGUCUCUGGAUGAAGAGAAUCCUCUCCGCCUCAUCGUCUACCGGAAGUCGUACGGAGUGGAGGACGCCGUGAUGGAGAAGACGGAUUUGGAGUGCAUGAACGGAGUGAUGCACAUCGUGAACAAAGUCCUCUUCCCGGCUACGCAAUCCGCAGGAGAUAUUCUGCGAAAGAGUGCAAAUUACUCGAUGUUUUUGGAGGCGAUGGAGAAGGUCAUGAUGUCCGAGCCGAGUGCGAUCGACCUUCGCAAGACGCAGGAGAACUCUCACUACACAUUCUUCGUCCCCAACGAUGACGCCUUCAGAACGCUCGGAGCUGCUCGCCUGCGCCGCAUGCAGAGCGACUCCACAUACUUGACAAAGGUCAUCAAGAAUCACGUCUCGUCUUCCAUGAUGGCCUCCAAUUCGUUCCGACCCGACCUCACAUAUGACCUCCCCACGCGACAAAAUGCACUCGGUGUGUGUCAACGGAAUGGAAAAAUAAAGGUGAACGAUGCCAACGUGUUGAAACGAGACAUUACCAGCUCCAACGGAAUUAUUCAUGUCAUUGACAAAAUCAUGCUGCCAGAAAACGACUACUAAAUAAUCGCAUAAUCGCUACUAUUUAAUUAACAUGCUUUUUGAUGCUGAGAUUCCUUAUUAUUAAUAAAAAAAAUGCUUCAAACUGAACAAUA